AGUGUAGCAGUUAACCCUUUACCGAUCUUGGCCGAACUAUUAGCGAAGAGGAAAAACUUGAUAACAACCAAGUGGCUGUCAAAUCAUAUCAGUGAAAGAUAAGAAAACAGCAAGAGGACAGUCUUUGAAUGUCACAGAUGGAGAGCGGAAACCUUGAAGGACUCGACUUGGCUCAGUCUAGCUUAUGUUUCCAGUGAGUAGGUUCAUUGACGUGCUUUAGUUCUAUAAUGGAGAAAAAAUUCCUGAAUUUGUGUUUGAUUCUGUGGAAGUGCAUCGCACUGACCCAGUUCACAGUGUCUACUGCAUCACCCUCUACCUCUCUUCAACACCAUCCAUCAGUAAUUAAACCCACAGGACCUCAACUCUAUUCUAGGCAGAAGUUCGCCCCAGUGCUAUCUGGUACUAUCUUGCAAGAACAAUCUCUGACCAUCAUAAGAAAGAGAUUUAAAACAGGAAAGUCCCCGAUGGGUGAAACGCAAUUCUGGAUGGAGAAUCGUAAAGAAAGAUCUGUUUCACAGGAAAAUAAUUGCAUGUACGACAACAAUCAUACCACUAAUGACAUCUCAAACAGUUUAUAUUUCACUAACGAACAAGGCAUUUUCUUCUUGUUUCCAAAGGAUGACUUUGAGUAUGUUAGUAUAAUAUUGACAGUAAACAAUGGCGAACAAUAUUUAACGUUUACCAAAGAAAUUCUUUGUGUUAACAAGUUAAAUCGCUGGUAUAAAUUUGAUUUUAGUACUAAAAUAAAAAGUAAAUGGCCAGCCAAUUUAUGGGCCGUUAAUAUUAAAGGAAACUCUUGUUCUAAAUCAUUGUCAACAGACUACUGGUACAUAUUCAACUGGUUCCGCAGCAUUAGAGUGUUUGGCAAGGGAAGUUACUGUCUAACAACCAAUGAAAGCCUUACCACACCUACUGAGACUUCCACAACAAGUGUCGACGCUUCUACAAUCCCUUCAACAAUCUCCUCGACUUUUGAAAACAACAGAAACAAUACGCCGGAAGCAGGGGGUGAUACGAGGCUCUUUGUCACUGUGGUCACCUUCUUCACUGUCUUCAGCGUGAUUGUCGUUCUUGUCAUUUCUUAUCGCAGACGAAGAGUUGGCAGAAAAAAGACACCUCAGCCGUCAUCAUCACAUAAGGCGAUAUGCAUGAACGAUCCCAUCUACGAGAAUGUGAACUUGGAGGAGCUGCAAGAAGACAAACAACCAUAUUCAAAUGAUCCAGUCUACACAACAGUGAGCUUGGAGUUGCAGGGAAGCAGAGGCUCGCACCAUGACAGUGAGAACAGCAUAUACGGUGCUCUCAUGGAAUCAUCCAUAUCUUCUAGCAAAAGGAGUUCAGCUCAUGAUAGCGAAAAUAGUAUUUAUAUGGGGAUUUAGAAGUAUGUAUGAUAAAUGCUGAUCUCUUUUCUUAAAAAAUAAACUUAAAAGUUGAUUAGAGCAUAUUUGACAAUUAGUUCAUGUCAGGUAACAUUCCCUUUAUUCUUUAAGUGUAAUCUUAAGUUCAUUAUAAAAGGUCUCGAAAAGUUCAUUUGUUAUAGUCGCAGUGCUAGAUAUAGUUUGGUAAAAUCUAGGAAGUGCAUUUCCACUUCUUUGAGUACUCUGGGUCUUUUAUUUAAGAGAGGUUAUCAUGUAAGCCAAGAUUUAGAGACCUAGCUAACAUAAUGACGAUAUAAACUAUAUCAUCCACAGGUGCACCUUUACUGAGCAGUCCAGUCGAUCCACAGUAAGAAUAUGAACUUGGGAAGACUGAGAUCAAAACAUCCCUUACCAACAAUGAGCGAUUAUUUGUUAUUUUGUUUUCAGAUUUUUAUAAUUCUUUUACUAGAUCUUUUGUUGAGUUUACAAUGAUGAGAUUUGAUAAAUUAAUAUUUGUUUUUGUCCUUUUUUUCUAACUGAUAGAAUAUCAACUUAAAUAUGAAAUAAAUGUUUCAGGUAACAGUGUAGAUUUUUGU